AGGUUACCCCUUUUGGGGAGGGAUCUUUUUCAUUUCUUCUGGAUCACUAAGUGUAGCAGCUGAGAAGCAUCAAAAUCGUAGUUUGGUGAGAUGCAGUGUACGAAUGAACAUCACAAGUGCUAUAUUGUCAUUAAUUGGUAUCCUGCUGUGCAUAUUAGAGCUCAGCACAGGUGGUACUACUUCUCAAUAUAACCAUCCAUAUGAGAUCAACUGGGCAAAAAAUGUCGGUAUUGGCUUCUGCAGCUUGGUGCUCUUGUUUAGAUUGCUGGAAUUUUGUAUCACUGUUUCACUUGCACAUUUUGGGUGCCAGGCAGCUUGCUCUGCUGAUGACCAACCAACCACGGUUUAUGUGCCUUACCAAGUCGAUGGAGAUGCAGCAGUCGCUACUGAACCCAAUCCUCUUCCUUCUGCACCAAUCUAUGACAAUUUGGUUACCAAGCCACAGUAAAAAAACACCAGGAAAGAAUUGUGAGAAGUGUUGCAGCAGAGGUCUCAGGAGGAGCAACGCAUUUCAUGUUGCUUUAUUUUGUUCUCUAGCUAGUUUGUCUUUCAGUUGCAGCCUUUAAGCACCAAUUGGUGUCGAGUUUUUAC